CUCGUCUAGCUGGCUGGCGCACCGGUGGGACUCCAGCUGCCAUGAGCCUCUGGGUGGACAAAUACCGGCCGUGCUCCCUCGCCCGGCUGGACUAUCACAAGGAACAGGCGGCGCAGCUGCGCGACCUGGUGCAGUGUGGUGACUUUCCUCACCUCCUAGUAUAUGGGCCAUCAGGUGCUGGAAAAAAGACAAGAAUUAUGUGUUUCCUACGAGAACUUUAUGGUGUCGGGGUGAAAAAAUUGAGAAUUGAGCAUCAAGCUAUCACAACUCCAUCUAAAAAAAAAAUUGAAAUCAGCACCAUUGCCAGUAACUACCACCUUGAAGUUAACCCCAGUGAUGCUGGAAACAACGACCAGGUUGUAAUUCAGGAGAUGCUGAAGACAGUGGCUCAGUCACAACAGCUUGAAACCAGCUCACAAAGAGACUUCAAAAUGGUAUUAUUGAGAGAGGUGGACAAACUCACAAAGGAUGGUCAGCAUGCCUUGCGCAGAACCAUGGAGAAGUACAUGUCCACCUGCAGGCUGAUCUUGUGUUGCAAUUCCACAUCUAAGGUGAUCCCCCUGAUCUGCCAUAGGUGUCUGGCAGUUCAUGUGCCUCCUCCCAGCAUUGAUGACAUUUGCAGUGUGUUAUCCAGUGUCUGCAAGAAGGAGGGUCUGGCUCUGCCUUCGAAGCUGGCUCACAGGCUGGCAGAGAAGUCCUGCAGGAACCUCAGGAAAGCCUUACUGAUGGGUGAAGCUUGCAGAGUGCAGCAAUACCCUUUUACUGAAGACCAAGAAAUCCCCGAGACAGACUGGGAGGUGUAUCUUAGGGAGACUGCAAAUGCUAUCGUCAGUCAGCAGACUCCACAGAGGCUCCUUGAAAUCCGCGGGAGGCUCUAUGAGCUUCUCACUCACUGUAUUCCUCCUGAGAUGAUAAUGAAGAUGGUGAGUGUGCGUGUAGCAGGUGAAUGGUGUCUGUUGAUAAUUUUAAAGCAAGUUCCUCAAGAAAGAAUCCAGGAGCUACAAGGGCACAUCGUUUUCCCUGAAACAGAAGAAAGGGCUGAUUCUACAGGAAUCUUGACAUUCCAGGAUGUGGCAAUUGAUUUCUCUCCAGAUGAGUGGGACUGCCUCGACUUUGCACAGAGAGCCUUGUACAGGGAAGUCAUGUUGGAGAACUACAGUAACAUGGUCUCUGUGGGUAUUUCAGUGUCAAAACCAGACCUGAUCAGCUCUCUUGAACAAAGCAAAGAGCCGUGGAAUGUGAACACAGGAGAGAAAGAAGGCAAUGAAAAAGUUUUCUAUUUUCAUCACACACAAGGCCUAUUUUCACAGGAGAAUAGACAAGAUUCUAUCCAGAAAUUAAUAUCAGGAAUAGCUCAUGACCAGAAACAAGAGAAGCAUUAUAUAAGCAAUCAAAAUGAAGAAAGUCAAAACCACUAUAUGGAAUGUGGAAGGUGCUUAAACAGAUGUGCAUGCCUUGCUAUGUAUAAGAGAAUUAAUCCCAAAGAGAAGGCAUAUAAAUGUAAAGAUUGUGGCAAAUCAUUUGCCCAUUAUGCAAAUCUCCAAGCUCACCAGAGAAUCCAUACUGGUGAGAAACCUUACACAUGUCAAGCAUGUCUCAAGUCCUUUACCCAGGUGUCAGAUCUUCACAGACAUUACAGAGUCCAUACUGGUGAAAAACCUUACACAUGUCAAGAAUGUGGCAAGUCUUUUGCCCAUGUCUCAACUCUACAUAAUCAUCACAGAAUCCAUACUGGAGAGAAACCUUUCAGAUGUCAAGAAUGUGGAAAGUCCUUUACCAGGGCCUCAACUCUUUAUACUCAUCACAGAAUCCAUACUGGUGAGAAACCUUACACAUGUCAAGCAUGUGGCAAGUCCUUUACCCAGGUCUCAAAUCUUCACAGUCAUCACAGAAUCCAUACUGGUGAGAAACCUUACACAUGUCAAGCAUGUGGCAAGUCUUUUGCCCAUGUCUCAACACUUCAUAAUCAUCACAGAAUUCAUUCUGGUGAGUAACCUUACCAGAUGUCAAAAGUGACAAGUCCUUUACCCUGAUCUCAGCUCUUCAUACUCACCACAGACUCCAUACUGGUGACAAACCUUACAAAUGUAAAGAAUGUGGCAAAUCCUUUAAUACAAACUCAAGUCUUAGAAAGCAUCAAAAAUUCAUGUGUGAUGUACAUUUCAUAAAUUUUUUUGUUUUACAACAUUAAUUUGUUGUACAGUUCUUCAUACUUAACCAAGUUAUUAUAGAGACAUCAUUCAAUGAAUUUUCAAAGCUUAGUCAAUACAUAGACAGCUUUACAGUUCUUAUGAAUUUAGAAAUAUUGUAUCCAGAUUUGAACUUUAUUGUCAUCAAGCAUUUGCUGUAAACCGAAUUUAUGCAUCAUUGUUAUUAACAUACUAUUCAAGCAUUAACUCUUAUGAAUAAGUAAAUAUUUCUACUAGGAGUAAAUUAAGCAAUAACAUUUCUUGACUGUAUGUUAAGAUAAUGUGUUAAAAACAUCCAGUGUCAUACUAUUUCAGAUUUUGAUGCAUAUUUACUUUCUUGGCAUUUGCUUGCUUAUGUAAUGAGAUUAUACUCUAUAUAAGCAUUAUUUUCCUAUGAUUUUUGUGAUAUUAAAUAAGUAUCAGCUUGUUUAAAAUUCAGGUCUUCUCAUUCU